AAGAACACAAGAGGAUUUCUUCGGAUGUCAUUUGUGUGGUCCGUAGUAAAGGCUAAUAAACACCCUUCAGAGUGGGCUAUUGCAACAGAAACAAAAGAUAAUUUACAACUUUCUUCCUCAACCGUUCCCAACCAAGGCAAUGGCAGCUCAUGUAAACAGAUUGUUGGAACUUUUACCAGCGACUCCAAAGCUUCCUAAAUCCGCAAAGCCCUGGAGGAUGCCGGCAGAAAUGAGCUGUCCCGGCAACAAAUUUCAGGAAAUUCAACAAGACACCAUCAAAACAACAAGAAGGAUGUCAAUAAGUUUUGCUUCAAUAGCACUUGUUGGAACUUCUGGUAUUGGUAAAUCUCUUGCGGACGAUAAUGGUUUCUGGCUUAAUGGCCCCUUACCAAUACCCUCCGUUAGCAAUAAGAUCGGAAAUGAGGAGACGGGGACUCGGUCAUUCCUUAAAAAUGGACUCUACAUAGCAGAUACUGGUACAAAAGGCAGGCAGUACAGGAUAUACAAGUAUGCAUUUGAUCUCUUGGCCAUGGGAGAUUUGAUAGGAAAAGAUGCUUUCAAUUAUGUGAGGAAGUAUUUGCGCCUAAAAUCCACCUUCAUGUACUAUGAUUUUGACAAACUCAUCUCAGCUGCUUCAGAUAAUGACAAGAAGCCACUCACUGAUCUGGCCAACAGAUUAUUUGAUAGCUUUGAAAAGCUUGAAGGUGCGGUGAAGGAGCACAACCUUGAACAGACAGAAUCCUACUACCAAGACACGACGGCAAUUCUUCAUGACGUGAUGACUAGAAUGGCAUAAACAUGCACAGAAUCAUAUUUGACUUGGGCAAUAUGUGAUUUGUUGAGUAAAAUGUUAGUAUCAGUUCCAAUUAUGCAUUAUCGUUUUGUAAACAUGUGCAAAGGCUGUGUCAAUCCACAUGAACACUAGAAUUGAAGAAUUGAUUUCUUAAACUACAUUUCCUUUUAAACACAUAUUAAAUGAAAAAUAUAAGCAUUUUAUUUUUCA